UCCCUAUGAUCCAUUCACCAAUGUCGAAGCAAACAUACAGAGUAUGUUUCUGUUUCCAGCGACGUUUCCGGAUCCCUCCGGCCGAACCUCCCAACGGGAUUAAGACCCUUUUCAAUCAGUAUUCCGAGAACAAUCUCAUGGACGCCAAUCACCUCCAACGUUUCCUCGUUGAGGUUCAGAAACAAGACAAAGCCACGAUCGCCGAUGCUGAAACAAUUAUUACGCAAAAUACCCCUUUUAUCUUCCACCGUAAGGGUUUCAAUCUCGAGGCCUUCUUCAGAUACCUCGUUAGCGCUACUAAUUCCGUUCUUUCUCCUUCUCAUUCGGCUUCCCAAGAUAUGACUGCUCCAUUGUCUCAUUAUUUUAUCUACACCGGCCACAACUCGUAUCUAACUGGGAAUCAACUAAGUAGUGACUGUAGCGAUGUUCCCAUCAUUCAAGCGUUGGAGAGAGGUGUAAGAGUCAUUGAGUUAGACAUAUGGCCUAAUUCGACAAAGGACGAUGUGCUUGUCCUUCAUGGAAGGACAUUGACCACUCCUGUCGAACUUCGCACAUGUUUAAUGUCUAUCAAGAAUCAUGCUUUCUCUGCAUCUGAGUACCCUGUUGUGGUUACUUUGGAAGACCACCUUACCACAGAUCUUCAGGCUAAAGUGGCAGAGAUGAUCCACCAAAUAUUCGAAGACAUGCUCUUUACUCCUGACAAAGAUUGUUUAGAGGAAUUCCCCUCACCAGAAUCUCUUAGAAAACGGGUCAUGAUAUCUACUAAGCCACCUAAAGAAUAUCUUAAAGGGGAGAAAUCUGCGAAAAAGGGAAAUGGAUCACAAGAGAAGGAUUCAUCUGUAGAAGCUUGGGGCGGUGAAAUUCCAAGCUCUGCUGAUGUAUACCUUAUUGAUGAUUCGGAUGAUUCGGAUGACGACGACGAUGAAGAUCUUCAAGCUGACAAUGUAGCUUCUGAAUACAAGAGUUUGAUUGCCAUCCAUGCUGGAAAGGGAAAGGGUGGUUUGGAUGAUUGGCUGAAAGUGGACCCUGAUAAAGUAAGACGUCUUAGCUUAAGUGAACAUGAGCUUGAGAAGGCAGCGAAAACUCAUGGGCCACAGAUUGUCAGAUUCACCCAGAGAAAUAUCUUGAGGGUUUAUCCUAAAGGAACACGAUUCAACUCGUCUAAUUAUAACCCACUAGUUGGAUGGAUGCAUGGUGCUCAGAUGGUGGCAUUCAAUAUGCAGGGGUAUGGAAGGUCACUGUGGUUGAUGCAAGGAAUGUUCAGGGCCAAUGGGGGAUGCGGGUAUGUUAAAAAACCACAACUCUUGUUGAAGGGUGGUGAUGAGAUUUUUGAUCCCAGAAUACAACUACCCGUCACAAUGACGUUGAAGAUAACUCUUUAUAUGGGUGAAGGAUGGUAUUAUGAUUUUGAACACACUCAUUUUGAUGCAUACUCUCCUCCAGAUUUCUAUGCAAGGAUUGGAAUUGCUGGAGUACUUGCUGAUUCUGUGAUUAAAAAAACAAAGAUGGUGGAGGAUAGUUGGAACCCUGCUUGGAACGAAGAAUUUGAGUUCUGUAUAACGGUUCCAGAACUGGCUUUGCUUCGGAUUGAAGUUCAUGAAUACGAUAUGUCAGAAAAGGAUGAUUUCGCAGGCCAAACAUGCUUACCGGUAAAGGAGCUAAGUAAAGGCAUUCGAUCUGUUCCAUUAUACAGUCAAAAGGGCGACAUUUACCCAUCGGUAAAGCUUCUAAUGUCGCUCAACACUCUUUAACUUUGCUUUCAAAAUACAAACCAAGGAUAUAGCAAAAACUCAAGUUUUGGUACGAAGGAGGAGACCGUCAUUGGUUGGCUUUCGACCAAUCA